GCAAAAUAGUUGGUGUUCAAGCCAGAAGAAAUAUUUGUGUGUGUUUCUGUUGUUGGUGUGGCUAUUCAUGGCGACUGAACUGCUGUGCUUGCCACGUCCAUUCUCAUCAUCAGCACAAAAACUAUACAGAUUUCCCUUGCAAAGAGCCUUUCAUCUCCGUCUCCAUGGCACUCCCAUGACUCUGCAAGUACGUUGCUCGGUGGCCAACGAAAAUUCCAGUUUAACGGAGUCUAGAAGGUCGGCCAACUUUCAGCCUAACAUAUGGAGUUAUGACUAUUUGCAGUCCUUGAAGAAUGAUCAUUCGGUUGAGACGUACAAAGAUAAGGCAACUAGGCCGGAGCAAGAGGUGAGAAGUAUGAUUACCAAUGAAAAAACAGAGUUGCUCUCUGUUCUUGACUUGAUUGAUACAGUCCAAAGGCUAGGAUUGGGGUACCGUUUCGAGUCCGAGAUAAGGAAAGCCCUUGAAAGAUUUGUGUCUUUAGGCGGACUUGAUGUGGAAAGAAUUGAUAGCCUACAUGCUACUGCUCUUAGUUUCAGGCUCCUCAGAGAACAUGGUUUUGAGGUCUCUCCAGAUGUGUUUAUGAAAUUCAAGGAUGAAUAUGGGAAUUUCAAGGAGUGCCUCAAAGAGGACAUUAAGGCAAUGUUGAGUCUGUAUGAAGCUUCAUAUCUUGCGUUUGAAGGAGAAACAAUAUUGGAUGAGGCCAAUUCAUUCACAAGAUUACAUCUAAAAAGGCUCAAAGAAAAAGAAAGCAAUCACAUUGUAGAACAGUUGAAUCAUGAAUUAGAGCUUCCUUUGCAUCGUAGAACGCAGCGAUUGGAGGCUCUGUGGAGUAUUGAUGCAUACAGUAAAAGGGAAGAUGCUAAUCGAGCACUGCUUGAGCUUGCUGUAAUGGAUUUCAACAUGGUGCAGUCACAUCUCCAAAAAGAUCUUCGAGACCUGUCAAGGUGGUGGAGGACCAUGGGUCUUGCAACCAAGCUGAACUUUGCUAGAGACAGAUUAAUGGAGUCCUUCUUUUGGGCAGUAGGGAUGAUUUUUGAACCACAAUACAGCAGUUGCCGUAAAGGUCUAACAAAAGCGGCUGCAUUACUAACGCUUUUUGAUGAUGUGUAUGAUGUUUAUGCUACUUUGGAUGAGUUGGAACUGCUUACAGAUGCUAUUCAAAGAUGGGAUGUCAAUGCAAUCAACAAUCUUCCAGAUUAUCUGAAGCUGUGCUUUUUAGCUCUGUAUAAUACUGUUAAUGAGAUGGCUUAUGAAAACCUUAAGGAGAAAGGAAUAAACAUUCUUCCAUACCUUACAAAUGCAUGGGCUGAUAUGUGCAACGCAUUCCUACAAGAAGCAAAAUGGUUUUACAAAAAGUCCACACCAUCAUACGAGGAGUAUCUUGAAAAUGCAUGGAUCUCUUCAUCAGGGCCCCUUCUAUUAGUUCAUGCCAAUUGCUUGAUAAGUGACAGUAUCACAGAGCAGGAGGCUGAAGGCUUAGAAAAGUACCAUGAUCUCUUGCGCUGGCCUUCCACCAUCUUUCGGCUGUGCAACGAUUUGGUUUCUGCAUCGGCCGAAUUAGAAAGCAGUGAAACUGCAAAUUCUAUUGUGUGCUACAUGAAUGACAAUGGUCUUUCUGAGGAACUUGCAAGUAAGCAAAUGAGGAAUUUGAUUGAUGAAAUCUGGAAGAAGAUGAACAAAGAAAGAGUUGAGAACUCUAUAUUUGCAAAACCUUUUAUUGAAACAGCAUUUAACCUUGCUCGCAUAGCCCAUUGUACAUAUCAGUAUGGAGAUGGGUAUAGUGCUCCAGAUGAACGAUCAAGGAAACGUGUAUCAUCGGUGAUAAUUGAGCCUCUUUCGCUCAAUGAUCGAUAAAGGACUUGUUUUCUUCAAGCACAUUAUAUGUGCAUUACAGGGUUUAUAGUUCAUAGAAUAAAUACAAUAGUUAAGCUAAACAUGUGAGUAUGAUUUUACUAUACAGCUAGUAAGUUUGCAACAUAUGACGUGUAAACUCUUUAGAUGAAUAUUAAAAUUAAUAUAUGAAGGAUGAGGAGGGAGGUUGGUCAUUGUAUUUCCAUUCUCUAUAUCAAUAAUUUUAUUUCACUCCCAUUCCUGAUGUA